AUGCCCACAUCCAAUCAGGGCUGGCCUGAAGAGUUUGGAUUCCAGCUCGGAGGUCCUGGGCCCUGCUAUAUUUUGUCUGUGGAAGAGGGGAGCAGUGCUCACCUGGCCGGGCUUCAGCCAGGUGACCAGGUGCUGGAGAUUGAAGGCCACAAUGUGUCCACACUGCCCCCACAGGCUGUUAUUGCCAUUGCACAGACGCAGAAAAACAUACCGCCCAGUAUUGGAGUGGUGUCGCGCAUACAGCAGAUGGACAUCAUCCCAGGACCUGAUGGUCGCUUUGGCUUCACUAUUGUGGGAGAUUGUCCUCUGCUAGUGGAGGACUGCUCUCCUUGCUCUCCCGCGGGUAGAGCAGGGCUUAGAGCCGGCGACUACGUGAUGGAGGUUAACGGGAUCCCGGUCCGACAGCAUGAAACUGCUGCAGCGCUCAUCAAGUCCUCUCAGGGCCGGACUCUUCGCAUGGGAGUCCUCUGUCUUGGACCAAGGCAAAAUCGCAGCCUCAGCAUCGAGGACAGUCUCAUGGGGGGAGACGGGAUGAGAAUGAACCGGAAACACAAGGCUUUAGAGUUCAAUAAAAAGGUGGACCAGAUUUUAGCGGACGACCCCGAGGUGAAAGACAGAUUGUUUGCAGUGUUGAAGCAGUAUGCCGCUGAGAAGAGAGUGGAUUGGCUGGCGUCUGUCCUGCCGGAAAUCCUGACCACGGACGAGCACCGGCAGCUCCUCUCUGAUAUCAGAAUCUUCAUCCCCAAAAAGCACAGGCAGCGUUUUGACGACGCGGUGAAUCAGAACGUGAUCCACAAGCUGUGUCGCAGCAAGAGCAUCAGCGAGCCGCAGGGACGCCUCCGCCGCAGCCGGAGCGAGGACCACUCGGACCGCCACCACGGCUCUAAGCGGGCUAGCUCUCUGCCACGAGAUGGAGCCGAGCCCGGGGAGAGGGGCCCAGACAGAGACCGGCGGCACAAGAAGUCUGUGCCGGGGAUGCCACAUCCUCCAGUGGGACCCAAUCAGAGAAUCGUGCGAGUGUACCGGGGGAAAAAGACAUUUGGCUUCACGCUGCGAGGACACGCUCCUGUCUCCAUUGAUUCUGUCAUCCCAGAUAGUCCCGCUGAAGAGUGUGGUCUGAAAACUGGCGACAAAAUCCUCUUUCUCAAUGGACUCGAUAUGAGGAACUGCUCUCAUGAGAAGGUGGUGUCCAUGCUCCAGGGCAGCGGAGCAGCACCCACGCUGGUUGUGGAGGCAGGCUCCAUAGAUUACUCUCCAGAACACACAGUGACAGAGGACACGCCCAGCCCGGUGGCCACCAGCACGCUCCCACGCUCCAGAUCUCCAGCCCUCAGCUCCCUGCAGUGGGUCGCAGAGAUACUUCCCCCGAGCAUCAAAGUUCACGGCCGCACAUUCAGCCAACAGCUGGAGCACCUUCUGACCAUUCAGGAGCGAUACACUGUCUGCAAAGCGCUGGAGACAUUCUUUCAACACCGGAAUGUGGACACCUUGAUAGUGGACGUCUUUCCAGUGCUGGACACGCCAGCCAAGCAGCUCAUCUGGCAGUUCAUUUAUCAGCUCCUGACCUACGAAGAACAGGGUCGCUGCCAGACAAAGCUGUCCCGCUUUCUGGGUUUCAAAAGCAGCGCCAUUUUGGAUCCCGACGGUCCUGAGCUGCACAGGCGGAGCAGCUCUAUGCGCAUCAGCAGCUCGUCGUACCGGGGCAGCGUGCGAGACCGGAGCUCCGACGACUGCAUCAUCGGCACUCACCUGGGGAUGGGAAUUCAUUUGGACGAAGCGGAGAGCUCGGAGGAGAGGCAGUCUGGAGAUGGGACGUCCUUCCCAGAGUCCCCUGACCUUAAUCAUAUGACAGGUAUUUACACAGAGCUGGAGAGUGUGUACCCGGGGAAGAAGGACUCGUCUCCGCUGCAUGGCUCCACAGGAGAGCCAGAGAGCUACAGCCGCCCCCUGUCCCCCCUCACCCUGCCCCCGCUCAAGGGCACACUGGGCAGCCGUAAAUCAGGCCUGUCCCUGUCGUGGAAGGAGCCUCUGCCCUCUCAGGUCUACGGCCUGCACCACCAGAGCAGCAUGGACUCAAACCCCUAUGUGAGCCUGGAGAGCCCCCCUGCCUCACCCUCGCACCCGAACAGCGACACGGCCCCCAACACGCUGAACCGCAGGAAGAAGCUGUUCACCUUCUCCAGGCCGCCACGCAGCCGGGACACUGACAAGUUCCUGGACGCCCUGAGCGAGCAGCUGGGCCACCGAGUCACGCUGGUGGACGGGGUGGAGGAGAACGACUACGAAGAGAUGAGUUUCCCCGAGGAACAGGACGGGGGUUUUGUGCCACGGCAGCUGAGCAGUGAGAGCAGCGAGGUCCACAGCAGCGGCGAGGAGGCACCCUCUCCCACCUUCUCAGACGAGGGAGAGCCCAUCCCUCCUCCCCCCACCCAGAGCCCUCCUCCCCCUCCGCCCUACCAAUCCCUCAUCCCUCCCCCGGUUCACCGCACCACCCCAUCAUCCCCCCUCCUCCCCCCGCCACCCCGCACUCUCCUCACCAGCCGCUCCCCCCUGCACAAGAGCGGUGACAAGAAGCCCCGCCUCCAGCCCACCACACGCAUCUCCCAAGGGCACGGCACGCUCCGCACCACGCAUCCCAACCGCUACCUCCCCCGGCAGCUGAGCCAACCGCAGCCACUGCUCCACCCCUCCUCCACCUCCCCCCAGCCCUCCCCACAGGUUCUGCGGCCCAGUCAGGCAAUGCUGCAGCGCCACCACCAGCUCCACCACCAGCACAGCUAUCAAGGCCCGUUGCCCCCCUCCCUCAAAGACCACUGCACCUCGCAGAGUCAGAGUCACGGCAAGACGUACGAAAGCCGCCCGGAGCCCCCCCCGCAGACGCUUCCCCCUCCUCCUCCACCUCCCCUCCCUCCGUGUAACCCCCCUCCCCUGCCUGGGCCGGGACACGGUUCUGACCCCAGCCACAUGAGCGUGAAGAGGCUGCGCUGGGAGCAGGUGGAGAACUCUGAGGGCACCAUCUGGGGACAGCUCGGAGAGGAUUCCGAGUAUGACAAGCUGACAGACAUGGUGAAAUAUAUGGACCUCGACCUGCAUUUUGGGACACAGCGACGAUGCAUCUCCCCUCCAGAGCCAGCCUUUUUGCCUGAGAAUUUCAAAAAGAAAGACGUGGUGGAGAUCUUGUCCCAUAAGAAAGCUUACAACGCAUCCAUCCUGAUCGCCCACCUGAAGCUGUCGCCGGAGGAACUGAGGGACAUCCUGAUGAACAUGAGCACGGAGCGCCUGGAGCCUGCCCACAUCAAACAACUGCUGCUGUACGCUCCAGACGAGGACGAGGUCACACUGUACCAGCAGUACAACCAGGACCUGGGCAAACUCAGCCAGCCUGACCACUUCAUCUUCCAGAUGCUGACAGUCCCAGAGUACAAAACACGUCUGAGGAGUCUGCAUUUCAAGACCACUCUGCAGGAGAAGAUGGAAGAGAUGAAAGUGGCCUUUGACUACAUCCACAAGGCAUCAGUGGAGCUCAGGAGCAGCAAGAAACUGGCCAAGAUCCUGGAGUUUGUUCUUGCCAUGGGAAACUACCUGAACAACGGUCAGCCAAAGAGCAACAGAACUACCAGUUUUAAAAUCAACUUUCUCACAGAGCUGAGCACGACCAAAACCGUGGACGGGAAAUCCACCUUCCUUCACAUUCUGGCCAAGUCCAUGUGCCAGAACUUCCCUGAGCUUCUCAACUUUUCCAGAGACCUGACCACAGUGGCCCUGGCUGCCAAAGUUAACCAGAGGAUUAUCACUGCAGAGCUGGACGACCUCCAGAGCACGGUGCAGGACAUCCGAGCGGCCUGCGUCAAACUGCCCCCCACACCAGAGGACAAGUUCUCCUCUGUCAUGAGCAGCUUCUUGGAGAACAGCCACCCCUCCAUCCAGUCGCUCGAGUCGCUCCAGACCAGAGCCAUGGAAGAGUUUGCCAAAGUGGUCUCGUACUUCGGGGAAGAUGGCAAGACCACCAGCACCGAGACGUUCUUUGGCAUUUUCGCAGAUUUCAUUUCCAAGUUUGAGAGGGCGCUGACAGAAACCCAGAGCCCUGAGAACCCCAGGAGUCCCAGGCUAUCAUCGCCUCUGGCCUGGUAG